AUGGACACCUCGGAGACCAACAGCGCGACGGAGGAGGAGGAGGAGGAGAAAAUGGCCUCCGAGCAGCGACCCAGGACCCGGUCCAACCCGGAGGGGGCCGAGGACCGCACCCUCAGCCUGCAGGCCAGCGUGGGCAGUCGAAGCGAAGGGGAGGGGGAGGCGGCCAGCACCACCACCAGCCCCCCCAGCUCUGCCGUCCAGGCCCCCAACGGCAAGACCUGGCUGGCCCCGGCCCCUCCCUCCGAGUUCCAGGUCCGGACACCGCGGGUGAACUGCCCGGAGAAAGUGCUCUCCGGCUUUACGUCCGAACCCCGGGAGGUCUGCAGCUGUUUGUACGACCUGAAGACCGUCCUCUGCAAAUCCUUCAAUCUGGAGGGCCUGUUCAACCUGAUACAGCAGAAGACGGAGCUUCCGGUGACGGAGAACGUCCAGAGCAUCCCUCCGCCUUACGUGGUCAGGACCAUCUUGGUCUACAGCCGCCCGGCUUGCCAGCCGCCUGCCGUGCUGACCGAGCAGAUGAAGAAAGACAAAAAUGCCCAUGGGUUUGCACUUACAACGGCAGUGCUGGCUUAA